GCAAAAUGGAUGACGCGGAAGUUGCCAAGAGCGAAGCUGAAACGGAGAGGGAAGAAUGCGAAGAUGAAGAGCUGCCGAUCACGACCACCACGAAGAACGCGUUGAUAACGACCCAGCUUGGUCCCUGUGACGUUUAUCCGCAUCGCGUCAAAGUGUCCAUCAUCGGCGUAGGAAAGAUUGGAAUUGCCUGCGCUAUCGCGAUCUUGAUGAGAAGAAUGGCCAGCGAGGUCUGCCUGAUCGAUCACGACUCGAACAAGGCUUCCGCCGAGGCCGAGGAUAUUCAGCACGUUGGAGCUUUCUUGGGGUGUCCUCUAGUAACUGGCACAUCAGAUUUCAGUAUGGUGAAGGAAUCCGCAGUGGUGAUAAUUUGCACUCGCGAAACCGCACCUGGUGAAAGCCCAAACGUAAGACACAAUUUCAAGGUCUUCAAGAAAAUCAUACCUGCUGUAGCAAGAUUCGCAUGUAAGUCCGUCAUCCUGGUCGUUACUCAGCCGACCGAUGUGAUGUCCUACAUCGCCUGGAAACUAUCAGGAUUUCCUUCUAAUCGCGUCCUUGGCCUCGGUACACUGAUAGACUGCGCGAGGUUUCAAGACUUCGUCAGCAGAAGAUUAAACGUGGCGCGAAGUUCAGUUACUUGUAUGGUGGUCGGGGCGCAAGGAGACAUGGCUGGUAUUUUAUACUCAAUAAUGAACUAUUAUCGUAUAUUGGACCGUGUAUCUUUUGUAGUUCCUAUAUGGUCGAGCAUCCAAGUGGGUGGAAUGAAGCUUCGGGAUAUAAAUCCUAGAAUAGGGGAACAAGACGACCCUGAGAAGUGGUACGAAAUCUCGGAGAACGUAAAGAACGUUGGCACACAACUGGAGGAGAAGAAAGGAUCGUGCUGUUGGGGCGUUGCUGUUUCUACGGCGGAAAUCGUCGAUGCAAUUGUUAGGAACACCAAAGUCGUGCUCCCGGCGUCAACGCACAUUCUCAGUUGCGCUCACGGUACGGACAAGGACGUGUACAUGUCCGUGCCCUGUGUGAUCGGUCGAGAGGGUGUGUACUGUACCGUGCGACAGAAGCUAAGCGAACAAGAGAAGUCGGCGGUGCAAACGUGUGCGGACAGUAUUCGAAGUAUACUGCGGGAAAGCGGAAUUCUCCAGGAGACAAACCACGAGACGGAGUAGCAAGGAACGAGCGAAGAGAAGA